CAACACAGCUAUUCCUGUACUGCUAAAGAAAAUUGUCGUCGGUUUUGAUUUAAUGAGCUACAAGGACAAUCUACUAACCGUCCUAUGGAAGCAAGCAGGAGGUGGAAUUUUUCUUGAUGUUAAGAAUCCUAGAAACGUGUCGGAAGAUUAAUAGUGCUAUCCGGCAUCUCGAAGGUUGCCUGCUUCGAGUUCCGGGCCUUUGGGCAGCAAAAGCGCUUGGCUCGCGUGAUUAAACGUCCAAGAUGUCGGCGCCGUUGGCGGUAAUUUCAGCUGCCAGUUUGUGGGGGCCAUACAAAGACAUUUGGCAGGCAGUGGUUAAUGCUAUAUGGAAAAGGCAACCUGAAGCAAUACAUCUUCUUGACCAGAUUUUAAAGAAACAUAAACCUGACUUUAUAUCACUCUUCAGAAAUCCGCCGAAGAAUGCCCAACAGCAUGAAAAAGUUCAGAAAGCUAAUACUGAAGGAGUUGCUAUCCAAGGCCAACAGGGGACCCGACUGUUACCAGAGCAGCUCAUCAAAGAGGCCUUUAUUCUGAGUGAUCUUUUUGAUAUUGGAGAAUUGGCAGCUGUUGAACUUCUCUUGGCUGGAGAACACCAGCAGCCUCGUUUUCCGGGUCUAACUAGGGGAUUAGUAGCUGUUCUCUUAUACUGGGAUGGAAAGCGAUGCAUUGCAAAUUCAUUGAGAACACUUAUCCAGUCUCGACGAGGCAAGACAUGGACACUGGAGCUCAGUCCUGAGUUGGUAUCCAUAACAGCUCACUUUACAGAUGAGUUGAUGGAGCAGGGUUUAACUCAUAAAAUUCUGACUUUGGUAUCUCAAAUUGAUGUGAACACUGAAUUUGAAAAACUGCAGAAAGAACGAGGCCUGGGCAGUGAGAAACAUCGCAAAGAG